AAAAUGGCAGAAUACUUGGUAACCGGAGGGACAAGCUUUAUAGGCUCUCACGUUGUAAAGGCACUUCUCGACUUGGGUCAUUUCGUAAGAACAACUGUUAGAGACUCCUCAGAUGAAGAGAAGGUUAGGUUUUUGUGGGAGUUGAAAGGAGCAAAAGAAAGAUUAAAGAUCUUCGAAGCCGAUCUAACGGUGGAGGGAAGCUUUGACGAUGCAGUCAAAGGUGUUGAUGGUGUCUUCCACGUCGCCUCUCGUGUUCCACAAAGAAAAGUUGGACGGUCGCGAUGUAUAUGGAACAAGGAAUUUGAUGAACUCUUGUGAAAAAUCAAGAAACACCGUGAAAAGGAUUGUACUCACAUCUUCGUCGACCUCGGUCCGGUACUGUUAUGAUGCCACCAAAGCCUCUCCACUUAACGAAUCACAUUGGAGCGAUCUUGACUACUGCAGAAGCUUCAAAAUUUGGUUUGGCUAUGCAAAGACGUUAGGGGAGAAAGAAGCUUGGUUGAUCGCAGCCGAGAAGAAUCUGAACCUAGUUGUCGUAAUCCCUACAUUUUGUAUCGGUCCAAUUCUUAGUCCAAAACCCACAAGCACCCCUUCAAUUCUUUUAUCCAUAAUCAAAGGUGUUCGUGGAGAGUACCCUAAUUUCAGAGGAGGGUUUGUGCACAUAGACGAUGUAGCUGCUGCAGAAAUCUUAGCAAUGGAAGAACGUAAAGCAUCGGGAAGAAUCAUAUGUUCUUCGAGUUCAGUGGCUCACUGGUCAGAGUGUAAGUUCGAGAUACAGCGAGAACAGACGGCACAAAAUAAUUCCAAGAACAAUUAUCUCUUUAUUAAGAAUCACUGAAACAAUCUUUUACAAAGACUUGUCAAAUCCGAAUUACUCAACGCCACACACGGCUUGACACGGAUCAAUUCUUAAUCUACCCUUAUGAGGAACCAACUCCUGUUAAUCACCUCUACAAAUCACUCAUUGUCUGAAACCCCAAAGCUGCUGCUAGGUUUCCGUGAGAAUUAUAACGUCAAAAGCUCUAACCCUAAUUCUAGAAAAAAGCCAUAAUAUAUAUUAAAUAAUAUUUUCCUAUUAUCUAAUAUAAUAUUUCCUAUAUUUUAGCAUCACCAAAUCUUCAAAUUUGUGAUCUAAUCACGCUCCUUUAAUGCAUAUUUCGUCAACCAAGUAUAUAGAAAUAUUUUAUAUCAUCACAUCUUGAUAUUUCCUUUUUAUUUUUCGAAGCGGGUGUCACACACCAUCCUAUGUAUGUAACACAAGUACACGAACCAAAACUCCACCACUGCAACAGCUUCUCAAGCUCCAAGUUCUUGAGCUUACACAGAGAUCAUUGAGAUGCUGAAACCCAAAUACCCGUUAUACCCAUUUGAGACCAAGUGCGGUAGUGGAGAAGGGAGAGAUAUGCCUCAUAGCUUGGACACAACAAAGAUACAUGAACUUGGCUUAGCGUCGUUCAAACCAUUAGCUGAGAUGUUUGAUGACUGCAUCAAGUGUUUCCAAGACAAGGGUCUACUCUGAAACAGCUAUUGUUACAAGAAAAUCAAAGUGAUCCAGCUUAUGUUGGUCUUGUUGAAGUCUGUUUCAAACACCAAUAAUCUACUUGUCUUGUGAUUCCGCACCCUCAUUCCCAAUUUCUUGGAGUUUAGAAUUGGUCGCUAUGUCUUGUAAUUUCUCGUUGGACAGAGUAGCAUAGAUGAUGUUGGGUAUGUUUCUACUAAUGGGUAUUAAUUAUGAA